AUGGGCGGCGGCGACGGGGCCGCAUUUAAGCGGCCGGGGGACGGCGCCCGCCUCCAGCGCGUCCUCGGGCUCGGCUCCCGCCGGGCGCCCCGCUCUCUGCCCGCCGGGGGCCCAGCGCCGCGCCGCACCGCUCCGCCCCCGCCGGGCCAUGCGAGCGCGGGCCCCGCCGCGAUGAGCUCGCACAUCGCUAAAAGCGAGUCCAAGACGUCGCUGCUGAAGGCGGCGGCGGCGAGCGGGGGCAGCCGGGCUCCCCGCCACGGCCCUGCCCGGGAGCCAGUGCUGUCCAGCCGCCGGCUGCCCGGCCCCUGUCCGGGCACGCCGCCGCCGUCCGGGGACCCCAGUUCGCGGAGGCCCCUGUGCCGGCCGGCGCCGCGAGAGGAGGGCGCGCGGGGGAGCCGGCGCGGGCUCCCCCAGGCGCACUGCAGGCCCCGGGAGGCGCCGCCGGCCGCGGCGUCCCGACCUUCGCCGCCGUCGCCGCUGCCGCCGGCCCGCGGGCGGGAUGGGGAGGAACGGGGGCUGUCCCCGGCGCUCGGCCUCCGGGGCUCUCUACGAGCCCCGGGUCGCGGGGACUCCGCUCCAGCCGCCGCGUCCGAGGCAGACCCGUUCCUCCACCAGCUGCGCCCCAUGCUCAGCUCCGCCUUCGGCCAGGACAGAUCACUGCGGCCAGAGGAGAUUGAAGAGCUCCGGGAGGCCUUCAGAGAGUUUGACAAAGACAAGGACGGCUACAUCAACUGCCGGGACCUGGGCAACUGCAUGCGCACCAUGGGCUACAUGCCCACCGAGAUGGAGCUUAUCGAGCUGUCUCAGCAGAUCAACAUGAACCUGGGUGGCCAUGUGGAUUUUGAUGACUUUGUGGAGCUAAUGGGACCUAAACUCCUGGCGGAGACAGCAGAUAUGAUUGGAGUAAAGGAACUGCGAGAUGCCUUCCGAGAGUUUGACACCAAUGGUGAUGGGGAGAUAAGUACCAGUGAGUUACGAGAGGCCAUGAGGAAACUCCUGGGUCAUCAGGUGGGACACCGAGACAUAGAGGAAAUUAUCCGAGAUGUGGACCUCAAUGGGGAUGGACGAGUGGACUUUGAAGAGUUUGUCCGGAUGAUGUCCCGCUGAGGCCGCCAGGGCCCCUCCAGGACUGCCAAGCUCCACGGGCGGGGAGAAGAGGAGCCGGAGCUCGCCUCAUCCCGCCGCCGCCGCCGCCGCCCAGAGCCCGGGACGUACUGGCGGAUGGGGCCUGCCUGCACCCCGGGGAGGUGCCCACCCCGGACCCCCGCCCCUCCGCACUGUGAAAGACUCACAACUCCUGCAACUGGAAAGGGGGCGCCCGCCGACCAGGAGGCCACCGCGCCAGGCCGGCGGAAGUCAGGCCGGGCGCCGAGUGCCAUAGACCCAGCCGCUGCUGGCUGGGGGCGCCCCACACAGCAUGUCUGCCCCCCGGGGCAGAGCCUCUCGCCGCCCUCCUUAGCUCUGUGCCCGUCCCCCCCUCGCCUCAGCCCUGUUAUCUCAGAACCAAUAAAAAUAUUUCCAAGAGAAAGGCAGCCGUUGGGCGGGGGUGGGGGGGGGUGGGGGUCUUUGCUUCUCCAGCCUGGUUGGAUGACACACGCGUUUCCUGAGUACCGGCUGCGCGCCCAGAACUGGGUGAACCUCCCUGCACUCAACUUGUACUGAGUUCCCAUUAGGCACCCAGCCUCUUCCACCUUUAACUGAAAGGGAGACUGGGGCAUAUAGUGAUGUAGCUGGAUUUGCCUCUACCCCAAACAAAGUCAAGUUCUGUAAGGAAAGGAGACUGGAUAUUGGUUGGGUAAGCAUCUAGCAGGGUCUGCCUCACUUCCUGCCUCCCUGGAGCUUUCACACUGGUCGAGAUAAUCACAUCCAUAUGUGAUUGCAAAUUGUGAUCCUGCUUUUAAGGAAAAAUGCAGGGACCUUUGGUGGGGUAGGAUAAGGAGGCCUGGACUACUCUCUGGGGAGAUCAGGAGAGGCUUUCCUGAGGAAGUGAUAACAAGGUUUUUGCCCUGGAGGAAAUCCCAGUGCGUGUGAGGACACGAAUGUAUUAGAAUGGAAUCAGCUGCCAGCCUCUCUGCCGAGUGAAAAGCAGGAUGGUAUAGUAGUUAGGUGCUGGAUUUACUUGCUGUGUGACUUUGGGCCAGUCACGUCUCCUCUCUGAACCUCAGUUUCCUCAUGUGCAAUAAGGGGAUAAUAAAGGAUAAUAAAGUCCACAGUAAAUGAUCUCAGGGUAUUGCAUUGCCCACCUCCAGGGGCUGUGAAAUUGUGCAAAGUGGCAUUAUUAAACAGGAUCCAUUGUAAUCAUUGUAAUUAAUUUCUAUAAGCCAAGGGCUGAAGGAAUCCAAAGGAGAAGUUUGUGGGUAGAAGUCGCCCAGAAUCUUUGACAGGCUUGCGGCAUAAUCGGACAGGUGUGUGGGAUGGACCCAUGUUCUCCAAGCCAGUGGUUCUCAAACUUGAGUAUUUUCAUCAGAAUCGCUUGGAGGGUUUGUUAGCCCCGCCCCCAGAUCUGGGCCCCACCCAGUGAUUCAGAUUCAGUGAAUUUGCAUCUCUAACAAGUUCCAGGGCAUGCUUGAUGCUGUCAGGACCUCAAUUUGGAUAACACUGCUGUAAAUCCCAGACACGAGGGAGGCAGGUGUGCUGUGGGCUAAAGGCUGGAAGCAGAAGGUAGGUGGAGGAUUCGUGCUCUCCGAUCUGGCAGGGAAGGACUGUGGGCCCCGCCCCCCGCCAGAGGCCUGGGUAAUCCUCGUGUCCCCGAGGCCAGGGUGGCUGGGAGCUCCAAAUUCACUUGAAUAAUCCAAUUCUGAGACUAAGCCCUUGGCUCUGUGCCCCAGUAGGCAGGCCUGCAGCCCUGCCUGCUCCUGUACCUAGCUCUGCCCAAAGACCCCCAGAUCUACACUGUUUCAGAAAUCCAGUGACCUUGGAGGGCCAGAGGAGCCAUUUGUAGAAAGGGGGCUUCUGGGGGCAUCUGUGUCCGCUGACAGGAUGAGCCCUUGGGGGCACCACAGGGAGAGGGUAGAGUUAGGGUGUCAGCUAGGACACUUCUGUCCUCAGUAUUGUGGCCUCCUAAAAUCAUAGACAAGGCAGCUGUGAUAAAGCGACUUGAGAAGAUGACAGGCCACUGUUCAGAGGAGCGCUCAAGUCAAGGGGAGGCCCAGAGGUGGGGCUUCUGCCUCUGCUAAUGCUGAAACUAGUGCUUCUCCCCUUGAAUUUGUCUUAUAUCUAGGGGUUCCUAAUAAGAUCAUUUGAAGAAAAGUUUCUCUUACUUUCCAAGAACUGAGACCCAUUUUCCUAGAUGGACCCUAUCCCAGGUAGGAAUUCUUUCUGCAUCUUCACCCCUGGGUGGGUGGGUGUCAUCUUAGAAGAGUUCUCCUUGUCUGUAAGGUCUUAAACUGGGCCUGGAUUUGCCUCCUUGUGACUUGUAAAGUGCAACUCAUUCAUGCAUGCAUUCAACCACUGUUUAUUGAGCACCUACUAUGUGCCAGAUCCUGUGCCAGGGUCCCUGUCUUCUAGGAGCUCAGACUGGAAGGGGAAACGGAUAAGAAAACAGACAAGGCUAAUGUAGUGGUAUAAGUGCUAUUUACUAGGUUACUUAUGAGGUUAGCCUAGGAGAAGUGAGGGUACUAAAAGAUACCCACCAAAUCUAGUGGGGUGGAAGGGACAGAUCUGCUAGGACCUGAAGGCUCAGCCAUGCUCAGUCAGAGGAAGUGAGGGGAAGAGUGUUUCCGGUUGAAGGAACAGCAGAAGCAAAGACCUGGAGGUAAGGGAGAGUGUGACUCCUUUGGGAAACGAAGCAGAAUUCCACUUGCCUGGUGUACUGGGCUGGAGGGAGGAGCAGAGAUGAUGCUGGUCAGAGAGGCAAGGCCUGACCCUACCGCAGACCUUGGAGGGUGGAGUGGCUCAGGUGGGACUUCUUUUUUUUUUUUUUUUUGUUUUUUUUUUUUUUUUUUUUUUUUA